ACUCCCCGGUAUCCCUCGGAUCAGCAGGCUCGCCGCAGGGGAACCCGACGACGGACGCACCUUCACCCAUAAACUUUCCUGCUCCAGGGGAGAGCAUGGCCGACACCUCAACCCUGUCGCCGGAGACGAACAUGCCGAGCUCGCCGGGCUGCCAGAUCAGAGUGUCGAACGAGUACCUGCUGGGCAGUCCGAGUCCAGGGCCACCGCGCGGAGGGGACUCUCUUCGUGGUGUCGGCAGCGGUGAUGGCGGAGGUGGGAGAGGAAGCGGCCAAGAGGGUCGCGAUGCGGGGUGCUCUGAUCGCGCGUCGCCCGACUCGGUCUUCCCGGAUGCCGGUCCGAUGGUGAGCUUCAGGGUCGCCGAUGAGCAGCAACAGCAGCAUCAUCAGCAAUCGCAGCAGCAGCACCAACAACAACAGCAACGCUCCGCCACCCCCGUGCCGAUCAAAUCGUCGCCGUACUCCCCGGUCCAGGUCUCGUCGACUCCGAUUGCCCAGGAGGCCUCCUCGAGGAGUGACAGCCCGGAUCUGAAGGGCGACCUAUCGUCCGUCCAGACCAAGGAAGAGUCCGACAAUUCGGUCUUUGACGGAGGUGGAGGCGGCGGUGGUGGUGGUGGCGGUGGCAGUGGAGGUGUCAGCGGUCGUUCGGAAGCCUCCAACCAACCUAGUCACCGGAAUAGCCCGUCAUCUCAAUUCAACCUGGGCCAGAACGUCAGUCCCGGCGCGGUUGGUUCGGCCGGACCGCACGGAACCGUGCAACAGCAGCAACAAUCGCCACCAGCGCCGCCGAGGUCGCGCGCGCCCUCGGUACCACCGCACCUGCUAGCGGCUCAUCAUCAUCAAUUUUGGUCGCAGAAUACUACUAGCGUACAGGGAUUCGCUACGCAGAGGCUACUCAACGGUGUCAUCAGCAGCGCCGUCAACUACGGCGGGCAGAAUGUCACGACCGUCUCCACCUCCGGAGGUGGUACCGCCAGCUCUAGCGGUACCAAUUCCAGUUGCGUCACUACCGGCGCUACCACCACGGCAAUCUCGUGCGAAAGUAUGAAACCACCGGCGCAGAGAGCAGCGCCGGCACCACCGCGGCCCCCGCCCACGGUGUUAAUGGGCGAGAUCGGCGGUGUCCGUACGAUGAUAUGGUCGGCACCACCGUUGGACCCGGUACCGCCACCGGCGGCAUCCUGGUCGGCGACAGCGGCGGCGGCCGCCUCGUGCUCCUCGUCGGAGGAGUCGGCCGCCCAGCUGUUGCUGAACCUCGGCCAGGAGUCCAGGGGUAAACCACCCUCGUCCUCCUCCGCAGUCUCGUACUCAUCCGCCGCCGGGCCGCCGCUCAACAUGGAAAGGCUGUGGGCCGGCGAUCUGACGCAGCUGCCGGCGGCGCAACAAAUGCAGGCGCUGAAUCUCACGGCAUCCGGUUCCGCCGCGCAGCCGUGGGUCAGCAACGGCGGUACCGUUGUCAAAUCCGAAACGGCCUCGCAGUCCAUAUCGGUGGCACCGCCUGCACCCCCCUUGCCGCCUCAGGAGCACGAGGAGGACGAAACGCCUAUGAUAUGCAUGAUCUGUGAGGACAAGGCGACCGGCUUGCACUACGGCAUCAUCACGUGCGAAGGGUGA